GAAGGAAAAUUGGUUAGAGAAGUUGUCGACGAAGUUAUGAUCAAGCUAAAUGGAACCAAAAGGAUUAUGAGCUCGAUAGACAAUAAUGAAGUUGGAACCAAAAAGCCAAAAGCAAAGGCGUGUGAAGUGUUCUUAAGCUUUAGGGGGAAGACACUCGCGAAGGCUUUACCAGUUAUCUCUAUACUAUCCUUGUGGAUGCAGGAAUUCACGUGUUCAUGGAAGAUGAUGAACUCCGUGUUGGUGAGCAGAUUGGUUCGAAGCUUUUCGGCAGCAUUAUGCAAUCGAAGAUUGCAAUCCCAAUUAUCUUAGAGGAUUACGCUUCCAGCCAAUGGUGCCUUCGCGAGCUGGUUUUGAUGUUGGAUUGCAUGAAAAAUGAAGGGCAAAAAGUGUUUCCCGUAUUUUACAAAGUGGAAGUCCCGCAUGUGCGAAAUAGUGGAGGGAGAUACAAGGUUGCUUUUGAUAAGUGGAAAAAGAAGUUGGGUGAAAAAGUUGUGGAGGAAUGGAAAGAAGCGCUUCGAGAAGUCUGUUCCUUGAGAGGAUGGCAGUCAGAGAAAGAUGAGAAUGGGUAUGAAGGAGCAUUGGUAAAAACAAUUGUCGAAGAAGUUAGGAGCGAGUUAUAUGGAACUUCUCAGCUAAUAAAAGAGUUGAUGGGAAUUGACGAACGUGUGGAACAAAUUACGAGCUGGAUAGAUGUUAAAUUUAAUGAUACAAGGAUUGUCGGAAUUUGGGGAAAUAUUGGCGUCGGUAAAACAACUCUUGCGAGGGUCCUGUACAACAAGCUUUCUAUUCAUUUCAAACAUCUUAGCUUUGUGGCAAAUAUUCGAGAAACAUCUCUACACAAGGGUAUUGAAUGUCUGCAAAGGCAGCUCAUUGACGAUAAACUAAGGAGUCCAAACGACGUGUCUAUCGACAAAAUCAGUGUCAUCAAGUCUCAAUUUAUGAAUAAGAAAGUUCUUGUACUACUUGAUGAUAUAGAUGCCAUUACUGAUUUUAAUGCUUUGAUUGGAGACAUUAGUUGGGUUAAAGCAGGAAGUAUAGUCAUCGUCACAACGAGAAACAAGAAAUUUAUCGAUGAGGCUAAGGUGGACCAUAAGUACGAAGUCAAUAAGUUGACUCUGAAUGAAUCAUUGAUUUUAUUUAGUAGACAUGCAUUUCAAAAGGAUUAUCCUAUUAAAGGUUAUGAGAUUCUCUCUCAUAGUAUCGUAUCCAUAACAGCUGGACUUCCCUUGGCUCUUAAAGUUAUAGGUUCUUGUUUAUAUGAACAGAGCAGAGGAGUAUGGAAUAAUAUAUCAAAGAAAUUAAUGGAAGUGCCUCAUCAGCAAGUACAAGAGAUGUUGAGGAUAUGUUAUGAAGAAUUAGAUGAUAUGGAGCAACAAUUUUUUUGGAUAUAGCAUGUUUUCUUAUUGGAUCAUCUAAGCAGAGUCCUACUUAUAUGUGGGAUGCCUGUGGUUUUUUCCCGAGAAAUGGGAUUGAAGUAUUGAGUCGUAUGUCUUUAAUUGAGAUUGACGAAGAUGACAAGCUAAGGAUGCAUGAUCAACUGAGAGAUCUGGGACAGAAAAUUGUUCAUCUAGAAAAUCCAAAGGAACCACAAGAGCGUAGCAGAUUAUGGAAAUAUGAAGAAGCAGCGUAUGUGCUUGACAGCAACAAGGGCACUUGUAAGAUUGAGGCCCUUCGUUUUGACGAAUAUGGCUACAAAAGAAGCUACAAUGGUGAACAAUUUAAAGAACUAGCCCACUUGAGGUACCUUCAAGUGUGUGGUGGGAAUUUCAUUGGAGAUUUUCAAAAUUUACUUCCUCAAUUAAGAUGGCUUCAAUGGGAGCGUUGUCCCUCGAAUUUCGAAGCGGCCAAUUUUCAUCCAAAAAAAUUAGUCAUGCUCAAUCUAUCGUGGAGUGAGAUUUCAGAGGAUUGGGGAGGAUGGGAUCCACUGAAGAUGGCAACCCAGCUCAAAGUUCUCAACCUUAC